GUGAUUGUCAUUUUUAUUUACAAAAUCCGAUCGUGUUUGUGACAGUUUGUGUAAUUUUGUUGGAGAAAAAGAAAAUUUUGUACGACUGAAAUCUAAUAAUUAAAUUCAGGAUGAGCUGUUUCGAAAACAUCACGAUGCCGAAUUGUGUGUGGUUCGAGAGCGGAGAGAAGCGUAACAUCUACGCGUCAAUAUUCGCUGGCCUCUUGUUCUUUGCUGGGUGGUGGUUUAUCAUUGAUGCAGCCUCAGUGUACCCGGGCGAGCUGCCCAACGCAGCUCACGUGUGUGGAGUGAUGGCCACUUUGUCUCUAGUCAUGGUCAAUUCUGUUUCCAAUGCUCAGGUCCGUGGAGAGACAUACACGGGAGGUUGCAUGGGCCCUCGUGGAGCCCGGCUUUGGCUGUUCCUGGGAUUCGUAGUGGGGUUUGCUUCACUCAUUGCAGCUUGCUGGAUACUCUUCGCUAACUAUGUUAAUGCAGGUAGCUCCAAGCACACGUGGCCUGGCGUGAGUCUGUUCAUGCAAAAUGCGUUCAUAUUCGCGGGGUCCCUAGUGUUCAAAUUCGGCCGCUCCGAGGAUGUUUGGGGCUAGGUAUUGAGAUUAAAAGUUGUCACUGAUAUACAUCAUACCACCACACCUCACUGGUAAAGUAAU